AUGGCCGUCAAGACGAUCUCCGAGGAGAGCGACGAGCUCUCGGCCUCCUCCUGGCGUUACUUUGCAGCUUGCGGGGCGGUGCUCGUCGCUGCAGCUGCACAGCGCAGAUGUCGAGGUGGUCUAAAGCCACAGGAGCAAGAUGCUCUGAGGCUUCCGAUGGGAUUUGCUGCCCUGCUCUCUUUAGCCACGGUUGCCUUGGCGACGGCCAACCGCGUUAUGUACAAGGUAGCGCUGGUGCCCCUUGGGGACUUCGUUUUCUUCUUGGCCCAGUUCACCACCUUUGGCUAUGUCCUUGCGUACUGGGCCGCCUUGAUCUUCCACAGAUCACAGGGCAAUGUCACGGAUGAGCAGGUGGAUUUUGCCCGACGGCGCUGGCGGACUUUUGCGCGAAUAGGCUGCCUGGAAGCCGGAUCCUUCCUGCUGGGAAUGCUGGGGGCCAAGGCCCUGCCAGGUUCGAUUCUGCCGGUGUUGGGUCAGCUUUACUUGGUCUUCCAGAUGACGUUUUCUUCCACGCUGCUUGGGCGUAAAUACAACUCUCGCGAACUGGCAGGAUGCGCUUUCUGCGUGCUUGGCGUCAUCACUGCAUCUGCAGGGGGCCUGGGCUCCGAGAGCUUCCACGCAUUGCCCUGGCGCCCGUCGCUGCUCUUCGUGGUUUCUUUGGCUUUGCCGGCGCUGGGGUCUGUGCUCAAGGAGGGACUCUUCAAAGAUGCUCGGCAGAUUUGUGGCGAAGAGCUGAACGUCUUCGUGGUGAAUACGCUGGGUUCAUCUUUUCAGGCAGUGGGUGUGUUCCUCCUGCUCCCAGUGUUGGCCUCGCUGCAGGGCCUGGGCGCCACGCCCUCGGCCAUGGCGGCGUACCUUGCCGCGGGCGCCCACGCAUUUGCGUCACAGCCGUUCUGGCCAUGCUUAUACCUUUGCCUCAACUUGGGCUUCAACGUGACGCUUCUUGUUCUUCUGCGCACGACUUCGGCGGUCACGGUGUCUUUGUCAGUGGCAGCUGCUGUGCCGGCAACUGCGCUGGUUUUCGCCACAUGCGACGUUCCGUUGCUCGGAAAAGGUGAGCCGCUUGACAGGUGGUUCACAGCUGGUCUUGGGCUGAUUCUGCUUGGCCUCGGGCUGUACCAUGGAUGGCUUCAAAAGCUGUGUCCUGCAGGGGCAAGCAGCCUCAGCAGUUCACUACUGCCCCAGUCCAGCAAGUGA